GAAUUGGGUCUGCGCCGUUGAUAUCAUUGUUUACUCCAAACCUAAGUUUUGGGUUCUUCAAUGUGAUUUUAUUCUCUUUAAUGACCUGGGUGUGUGGAUUUUUUUCUUUGAGAAGUCUUCUGUUUCUGUAUCAAUCAAGGGCGUUGAGGUGUUUUCACAGCAAUGGGAAGGGGAAAGAUUGAGAUCAAGAAAAUUGAGAAUAUCACUAAUAGGCAAGUUACAUUCUCAAAGAGGAAAGGAGGGCUUAGGAAGAAAGCACAUGAACUUUCAGUAUUGUGUGAUGCAGAAGUUGCUCUAAUUGUUUUUUCCAGUACUGGAAAAUUGGUUGAAUAUUCAAGCAGCAGCAUGAAGAAAGUUUUACAAAGAUAUGUUACAGUCUCGGGAGCUCGCCUGUGGGACUAUGAUCGAAAGCAGAUGUUUUAUGAAGUGGAAAGAGCUAGGAAUGAAAAUGAGUGGCUUAGAUGUCAACUAAGGCAGAGAAUGGGUGAAGAUUUGUCCUCCAUGCCUAUUGAGCACCUACACCAACUGGAGCAGGAACUUGAGAUUGCAACAACUAAGGUUCGGAAAAGAAAGGACCAUCUCAUCUCUUUGCAAUUAGAGUCCUUAAGGCAAAGGGAGGCUUCACUAGAGUAUGAUAACAAAUACCUCCAGCAUGUGUUGGUUGAGAAUCAGGCUCUACACACUUAUUAUCCACGUGCACUAUGCCAGCAAGAAGAACCAAAUCAUUCUCAACUGACUGCUGCUGCAUUACCUGUAUUUCGUGUGCAACCAAGCCAGCCAAACUUGAAGGACAGUGGCUAUCAACAGCCAGAUCUACAGCUAGGGUUUAACUGCAGUGGCCCACAACCUUGAUAGUGCAAACAAGAAUUUGUCAGACUAAAAAAAAAUGUUUAUGAAGAUAAGUGUGAGAAUACGGCAUUGAUCCUACAUAUAAUAUCCAUCUACCUUGCUGGCAGAUGUCUUCUGUCUAUAAACAAUAUUGCUCGUGUGUGUUGGAAUUUGGUUCAACUUAUAUAUGCUAUUUGUAAUGUAUGAUAUUACUUAUAGAUUGUAAUAAUAUUGUUUGUUAUUUAGGAAAAAGUUAAAGAAAUUGAAAUUAUCAAUUUCUAAUAUAUUUAUUUCUUGUUAAUAUAUUUUCUAAUAUCUUUUAUUGAAUAAUUAUUUCUAAUUAUAUG